GGAAAGUUCGGCAGCAUGGCUGCUCGGGCUAAGCGGAGGCGAGCGGCAGGGCCGCCCGAGUGCCGGGAGGAGGAAGGCGGUGGCGGCGACACGGAGGACGAAUCCUCGGAGGAUCCGGGCAGCGAGGAAGGCAGUGACGACGACGACGACGAGGAGGAAGAGCUUAACCAGGAAGUAAAUAUUGAAUUUGAAGCUUAUUCAAUAUCUGAUAAUGAUAAGAAUGGAAUAAAAAAAUUACUGCAACAGCUGUUUCUAAAGGCUCCUGUUAGUACAGCUGAUCUGACUGAUAUAUUGAUACAACAAAAUCACAUUGGGAGUGUUAUUAAGCAAGCAGAACUUUUAGAGGAAAGUGAUGAUGAUGAAGAUGAUAUUGAUGAGGUUUUUGGCUUCAUAAGCCUGCUGAACUUAACUGAAAGGAAGGGUACCGAAUGUGCUGAACAAAUUAAAGAGCUGGUUUUAAGCCAGUGUGAGAAGAACUGUGAGCAGAGUAUGGUUGAACAGCUGGAUAAGCUCCUAAGUGACACCACCAAGCCUGUGGGCUUCCUACUAAGUGAAAGAUUCAUUAAUGUACCUCCCCAGAUCGCUCUGCCCAUGCACCAGCAACUGCAGAAAGAACUAAUUGAAGCUCAAAAAACAAACAAACCUUGUGGAAAAUGCUACUUCUAUCUUCUAAUUAGCAAGACUUUUACUAAUAAGAAGAGUAAUAUCAGAAAAAAGGGAAGCAGCAGCCACCAGAAAGAAGAACUGAUGUUUUCAAAUGCUGAGGAAGAAUUCUUUUAUGAGAAAUCACUUCUAAAGUUCAGUUACUCAGUAGAAGAGGAAAGCGACUCGUGUUUGGGAGGCAGAUGGUCCUUUGAAGAUGUACCCAUGAAACCUUUACGAACUGUGAUGGUAAUCCCUGCUGACAGGAUGAAUGCCAUCAUGGAUAAACUCAAAGAAUAUCUUUCUGUCUGAACCACUCUCUGAGCUAACGGUUUUGUGAAGUCACCCUGUAAAAGUUAUUUGACUUUACAGUGGUGUUUAGAAAUUUUCCAUACCAAUUCUGCAUUAUUUCAGGAUCUCCUUUAUAUUCUCAUAAAAUACAUCACCUAC